GUAGUGGUGCGCCUGUGGUCCAUAGUGCAAGUUCGCUUUUAAUGUAUAGCGUAUUGCAUACCUUUAGGAGUAUUAUUUGAAAUUGCUUUAAAAGCGCCCGUUAAGCAAACAAUAAUUACACCGAGUUUUAACGUUAUUCCAACGUGCUACUCUUUUCGAUCGCAAUUACUAAAAGAAAACGACAUGUGUUUUCGGUUCCCACGAUAAAAAAACAAGUAAAGAGCAGCUUUUGCCAUCCGGUGGCGCGCAAAACGUUUAAAUGUUAUGGCGUAGCGCACAUAUGUGUUUAUCAAUCAAUCGAUAAGAUAGCGCUUUCCGCUAGUGUGUGAUGGCAAUGCUGCGAACGUUGUAAUGAGCUGAGAAAGCUGCCUGCUUGACUGUCGUGGUGUAAGCCACGCCGACCCCACCACCAUUCUGACCGUGGUGGUGGUGUGUGACUCGUUGCAUUUUAUCAGUUGUAAUGUACACUGAGCCACGACGACGACGACGACAACGACGUGGUUGUAAGUAAGGCUGGCUUUGCGAUUUUCGGGCAGAAAACAACUGCGCCUUGCAAGAUGGAUAGCUAUUUGGGUUUAGCACAGAGCAAGGUGAAGCCGCGUAGCUUGGUGGACGGAUUUUCAAACCGAACGGCCACAAUCAAAAAGAGACCACCACGCCCCACAGGAUACCCAACGACGACUUCCAGGCCCAUAUCGACCUCCUCGAUUGUGAUAGACAGUGCCGCCCAGUUUCGUUAUCUACAGGAAGAGCAUCUAGCGCUGCUGGAGCGGUACAAAAAGCUGGAAGAGAGCUACACCGCGCUGCAGGGCGAGUACGCGAAGGUAAAGUCCGACAACGAGCGGCUGCAGGGCGCGUACGAGGAGCUGCAGGAAAGCUACAACAGCGUCACGGCGAAAAAUUUCAACGCCGGCAAGCUGCUGGUCUACUUGAAGCUGAAGCGGCGCACCGAUAAGGAAACACUGGAGAAGCGCAACAUAAUCAAGAAUGAAGCUUGCUUCAACACCUACCUGCAGGAUGUCGUUAUGCUCGAUCAGCAUCCGCGCAUACCGCGGGUCGUGCACGAGUGCAUCGCGGUGCUGGAAGCGAACGACAAGUUCAUGAGAAGCCCCGGCCUGUACCGGGUGUCGGGCGAUCACAACGCGAUCCAGAACCUGCGGUACGACAUCAACGCGAACAACUACAAGCGGCUGCGCAAGCAAAAGUCGCCGCACGAGGUGUGCGGCAUACUGAAGCUGUUCCUGCGCGAGCUGAAGGAUCCGCUGAUAUCGCUCGAAACGUGCGCCAAGUAUCUGCCGGAUGUGAUACAGAUGAAAACCAAUACGCGAUUAAAAAUUAAACAGUUGAUCGGCAGUCUAGAUGAGGUCCGGCAAAACACGCUCAAAGUGCUCAUGAAACAUCUACGAAGUGUGGCGGCCAUUGAGGAAAACGAGGUGGACAGUUUCAGCCUGGGCCUGCUGUUCAGCUCACUCAUUUUCAACGAAACGCUGGCCGACGUGUGUCCGGUAAAGUUUCAAAAGCUGACUGCCGUACCGCGCGAAUGCAUCAUCGCAAUGAUGGAGGAUUACGAUGCUAUCUUUGAAUAAAUGACACUUUAAUUUGAAAAAUCGAAAA